AAAGUCACCAUCACCAUCACUUCGCUCCUCUCUCGUUUGCUACACAGCUUCUCUGAGGCGUCCUUGUCUCUUCACAUUGAGGAGCAGGGUGUGGCCAGGCCGGAUCACACAUCGUGGCUGUGGUCCACUAGGCCCUUCGCCGUGCUGAGCAGCGUAUCCUCUAGAGCGGCUUGAGACUCAGCGUCCACCUCGGCUCGUACCACAAGCCUCUGACGCCUCGUCGCGAUGGGUGUGCAGGGGCUAUGGUCUCUCCUCCAGCCGGCUGCAAGGCCCAUCAGGCUAGAGGACCUCGAAGGCAAGAGGUUCGCAGUCGACUCGUCCAUUUGGCUCUACCAUUUCCGUAUGGCCAUGAGGGACAAGGAAGGAAGGACAUUGGCAAAUGCGCAUAUAUUGGGCUUCUUCUGGAGGAUCACUAAGCUCUUGCAUUUUGGUCUGAGGCCGGUAUUCGUCUUCGAUGGAGGAGCUCCGGUGAUGAAGAGGCAGACGCUGAUCGGUCGUAAAGCUCGAAGGACCGGCGCCAAGGAGUCUCACGCCUUAGCUGCUAAGAAGCUUCUUAACGCUCAGAUGCGUCAAGCAGCCCUGCAGCACGUUGCAGCCGGCCAAGGAGCAGGCCGUGAUCAGAGAGCUGACAAUGACGGAGACGAAUGGCAAGAUGAGGACACAGGCAUGGGCAGCAAUGUGGUCUACUUCGACGACUAUAGCAACGAAGCCGGUCCGAGUAGGCCUGCCGCUGCUCCUAGAGCUCCAGCUUCGAUGUCAAGAAGUCCCAGUAAGCAAGGUACGCUCAGUGCAAAAUCUCCUUCUCCGGUCAAAGCCAAGAAGAACAUCGACUACCAUCGCGACCCUUACGCAUUACCACACCUUGACAAGGACAUCACCUCACUCACAGCAUCCAGUGGUCGAGGAGAGGAAGGCUCUGGCGGGCCUCGAAGAGGACGUCGUAAUGACUUUCGCUUCGCCACAGACUCGGAAUUACGCCAUCUCCUCUCCUCCAUAACACCAUCGGACAUCGACAUGUCCUCGCCGCUGUUCCGAUCCCUGCCCUUCGAGCUGCAGUACGAGCUCGUCGGAGACAUGAGAGCAGCUUCGAGAGGAACGUCCUACAAGCGUCUGCAGCAAAUGCUCAAGACGUCUCCGACCGCCAUCGAUUUCUCAAGAGCCCAAGUGCUCAAUUUAAAGAAUCGUAAUGAGCUAACGCAGAAAGUCUUUGAAGUGACCGACGAGAUUGGGGACGCAAAUAUCAAGAUCCCUAUCAGGGUCGCUGGAGAGAGGAACAGAGAGUACGUCCUUGUGAGGAGAGAAGGCGACGAGACUGGCUUUGUGCUGGGAGUGAGAAAUCAGCAGGGAGCCUCGAAAGACAAGGCCAUCGUCGUUGGUGGCGAGCCCGAGCGGGUGGACAUCUCUUCGGACGAAGAGGAAGACGACGUCGCUGGGCGCGGCAAGAGUCGACUCCGACAGGACGACGACGAUGACGAUGAAGACCUUGAUGAAGUGGAGGUUCCCACCCUAGGAGAGGCUGCUGGGCCUUCGCGGCCUUCAACGAUAUCUCGCUCACCGUCCAACGCCUUCAAGGCAUCCGAUGCCAAUAACCCUGACGUGCGUCGAGCGCUUGCAGAGCAGCUGCUUACCAAACGCGCCCAGGAGCAUAUUAGAGAGAAGAUGAGGGAAAAGGGCAUUAUCAAUGAAGACGAGAUCUUGGAGGAGCAGCUCAAGCUUGCAAGGCAGCGCAUGAAAGAGGGCGGUGGAAAAGGCGAGGAGCUCUUUUCCCCUAGGAAGUCAGGCCGUGCAGCGAAGACGGUCCGCACAUCUGCCCAGGACUUGGAUGUUGACGACGAUGAUGCCAUCUCUUGGCCGGACAGCGAUGCUCCCGAAGUCAUCUCUGAUGACAAUGAUGAUGAUGAUGCAGCAGCUCGACAGCUGGAGGAAGACGAAUUGCAAGACCUCGCUUAUGCUCUGUCGGCAUCCACCAGCAAAGAACCAAGGCGGCCCGCAGGUGCUACCACGAGUCAAAAGCAGCCUGUCACCGCGGUGGAUUCCGAUGAGGAAGAACAGGACGAAUCGAUGCUGGACGAUGUAGACGUUCUUCCGGCAGUAAAGGUAAAGGACGAAGAGCCCUUAGUCAACUUUGAUGCUGGAGCAUAUGCUGAUCUAUACGGUGGGCCAUCGAUCGAUCCCACGCACAAGAGCGACGAAGACGGAGAAGAUCUCGAUGACCUCGAGCUUGUGCAGAGCCCAGCACCUGCAGCAAAGCUGUCAAAAGAGCCGUUGACUGCCGUGGAUGAUGUCGAUCCUCUCGCCGUUCCCCUACAGAAGUCUGGUCCUGUGCUCGGAUUCCGCAGAGCCGACAGACCUGGUCUGCGUGCAGGGCUCGAUCCGAAGCUGUUCCAGCGAAGAAAGUGGUACGACGACGAGGCAGAAGCAAACGGCGAUAAGGAAGCUAUCUCGAUGAAGGAUAGUAGCCCCUCUAAGACUAGCGUUCCCUUCAAGCUUUCGCAAAGUCCAGCGCAGAGCCCGACGAAGCCAUCUUCAUUUCCGGAUUUCGUAGGCGGCAUGCCAAGCCCGACGAAGGCUGCUCAGAUUCGUAGACAGAGAAGCGUGGGCAAGUUAGGAGACAAUGCUGCCACAGGCGCUAUCGGCUCGCCGUUCAAGCCAGCGUCUCCUGCUGCAAAGGCGCUCAAGGCCAGUCCCAAAGCCACGCCAACGAAAGUGGCACCUCCUCUCGCACCGCCCGUGGUUCGAGAAGACGGUCAAGGUCGACCGGAGCCACCUCUGGAGCCUCUCCCCAAGGGCGACGAUCUGGCAGCUACUGAGAUACUCAAUGCCGAGACAGGUGUCGUGAGCUCGAAGCCUGAGCUAUCAAAAAUCGCAUCUCGAUCUUCUGUUCCCCGCGCUGAUCCUGAAUUGGAAGCCAUCGAUCAGCAAGUGGAUCGUCGGGAAGCCGAAUCGAUUCCUGCUAGCCCCCUCAGCGUGGCGCCUGAGCAGGCUGUCAUCCCCGCAGAGGUAUCCGAAUCCGGCGCUACAGACCAGCAGGCGAGAGAUGCUGCGGGUGUCAUCGAAGAUGAUCUUCGGCCUGGUGGUGGCGUAGAGCAGGCCGCGCAGCCUUCGGAAAUCAGUCAGACUCAGGAGGUGCCUCGCUCGGCAGAGUCGCAAGCUGGCAGUCUGAAGGCAGAGAGUCAGCCGCCAAGGACGGAGCAGGAGCAUGACGACAAUUUUGGCGUAGACGGUGACGAUAUCGCCCCUCGAUCACCCUCUGCCGAGCCAGAGCCACGCGGGCGGAGACAGUUGGAGUCUGAUGAUGAAACACCAAUCGAAUGGUCUCCCAGUCCCUCACCAGGCCUCCCUGCUCUGGGUCCUGACGGCUUUCCCCUCCCAACUGUGGAGGAGAUCGAGGCGAUGGAUGCUGAAUAUGAGCAAGAAGCAGCCGCUCUCGGCGCCGAUCAAGGAGAUAUUGCCUCUUUCCUCAGUCGCACAAAGGGCCAGGGCCUGCUCGAGGCUCAAGCUCAGAUCGCUCGAGAAGUUGAAGCUCUGCGAGCUGAGCAUGUCAACACGAAGAAGAGCGAAGAGGAGAUCACUCGGCAAAUGGCCAAGGAGAUUCAAAUGAUGCUCCGACUCUUCGGAUUGCCUUACAUUACCGCACCAAUGGAAGCAGAGGCUCAAUGUGCAGAGCUAGUAGCUCAGAAGCUCGUCGACGGAAUCAUCACCGACGACUCCGACGUCUUCUUGUUUGGGGGAACAAGGGUGUACAAAAACAUGUUCAACAAUAACAAGGUCGUCGAGUGCUUCCUCCUUUCUGACCUCCAGAGAGAGCUUGGGCUCGAUCGGGAGAAGCUGGUCAGGUUGGCUUACCUGCUGGGAUCCGACUACACCGAAGGUCUGGCUAGUGUUGGUCCCGUCGUGGCCAUGGAGAUCUUAUCCCUCUUCCCGGGCGAGGAUGGCUUGCUGCGCUUCAAGGAGUGGUGGGUGAAGGUGCAGAGCGGCAGAGACACUCCUCAGGACACGAAGGGAACGACGAUGCGAAGAAUUAAGAAGACGCUUGCGAACAAGGUACACCUGGAUGUCACCUGGCCCAAUCCUGCCGUCCUCGAUGCUUACUACGAGCCAGCUGUCGACUCUUCGGACGAGGCCUUUCAAUGGGGUCUGCCAGAUCUGGACAGCUUGCGGACCUAUCUUGCCGAGUACCUGGGCUGGUCGACUACAAAGACGGAUCAGUACGUCGUUCCUGUCAUUGAGGCCCAGAGCAGGCGAUCUAGAGCGAGAGGCAAUCAGACGACGCUGGACCGCAAUGGCUUCUUUGACGUGUCAGGCGGUACGGGUGUCUAUGCCGGUAGGACGCUGCCCAAGUACGGGUCUUCGAGACUGCAGAAUGUUGUCAAUGGCUUCAGACAAGCAACCCAUCAGCAAGCCAGCAAAGCCGCAGGCGGCUCUACUGGUUCGGCGAACAAAAGGAGCAAGAAGCCUGCCAAGCGACAGCGGAAAACGACAGGUCAAGUCGAGAACGUGGGCGAGGACGGAGAGGGCGAUGACGACGUCCAGAUGCUCUCCUCUCCGCCUGCUGAAGCUGCAGGCGAUGACUUUGACCUGCUCGCCUUGCCGGAAGAGGCCAUCGGCAAAGCAAUGGCGAACAGGCGACCGAUUGUGCGUCGUGAGCAGAUGAGACUCGAUGAUGGACAAGCUCAAGAUGAGCUGGAUGCCAACAUCGCAGCUCUUGAGGGUGCGCCCAAGGAUUCAGCGAACGCGAGCAGGCAAGAGAAGCCGAAGAAGACAACAGCGUCGAAGAAGGACGCGGUGCCUGCGGUUGAAGCGAGCGAUGCUUCGGCCGCCGAGGAGAGCGGCGAAUCUGGCGAAGAGUUCGUACCCUCCGGCUCUAGUAAGAAGCGAAAGUCUGCAAAGGGCAGCACGAGCAGUAGAGGUGCGCGAGGAAGCGGUCGAGCACGUGGGUCUGCUAGAGGCGGAGGGCGGGGGCGCGGUGGUAAGAGCCGCGUCACUACUCCAAACGGACACGAAGGUGCCAAUCCGGAUGGACCUCAACAGGAAGGAGACGGCGCUACGACUCCUACGGAAGCGACCAACAGCAAUUCAGCUGCGACUGCUGCUCCUGUAGCGCGCGCUCGCAAGCCAGCCCGAGCCAGAGGAGCUCGCGGUCCUCCGCGCCAUGCCCAGCUUACAGCAGCGAGGAACAUGAGACUGGACGGUCCGCUUCCGGAGAGCAACAGUGCUCCACUCAGGCCAGAGACGAUGCGGAGGAGCAGGUCCAGUAGUUCUUCCACUACGACUGGCGCUGGAAUUCAGAGCAGACUUGGUACGCCUAGAGCUAGAGGUGGGUCGAAUGGUGAGGCAGCAGGUUCGGGUGCUAGGGAGAGGAUUGAAAUUGAGCUGAGGAGCGACGAUGAGGAGUAGCUGAAGGGAGAUUUGACUUGACUUGACAAUGUAUUUCUAGUGUGUUUGCAUGCUGUAACGGAAAACCCCUCUUUGCCCAAUCUAAAUAGUCUCUUGCUACGAUUCC